AUGUUGACCUUUCGAAAGGCAGUGAUCGUGGCAGUUUGCCUCAUCACAUUCAUUGUCCUCCUGAGCACCUCCCACUCGACAAGCCAACCGCAAUCCGUCGCGUCGACAUCCGGAAACGAGGAGACUGUUCAGUCCCCGCCACAACAGGCGCAAAAAAAGAGUGCUGUGCAGCAACAGACUCUCGAGUCGAUAGCUGACAAGCCGCUACGAGAAAAAUUACGAUAUCAUUUCCCUUACGAUCUCAAGAGCAAAUUCCCCGCAUACAUCUGGCAGACAUGGAAAUAUACGCCCUCGUCGGGCUGGUUUGGUGAAACGCUGCGGCCUAUGGAGGCGAGCUGGACAGAGAUGCAUCCUGGAUUCGUCCACGAAGUCGUCGCGGAUGAUACAGCGGUACAUCUGAUCAAGUACCUAUACGCGGGUGUUCCGGAAGUGACGGAGGCAUAUGAGUCCCUUCCUGUUGCCGUCCUAAAGGCAGAUUUCUUCAGAUAUCUGAUCCUUCUGGCGCGCGGAGGAAUCUACAGCGACAUCGAUACCAUCGCGCUCAAACCAGCAUCAGAAUGGCUGCCAGAAAAACUGGACCGAUCGACGGUUGGCCUCGUAGUAGGCAUUGAAGCCGACCCGGAUCGCCCGGAUUGGCAUGAGUGGUACUCUCGCCGGAUACAAUUCUGUCAAUGGACUAUCCAGGCAAAGCGGGGACAUCCCGUGCUGCGCGAUAUCGUCGCCACGAUCACGGAAGAAACACUUCGGAUGAAGAAGGCGGGUAUCCUUACCAAGUCCAAGAUGGACAAGACGAUCGUGGAAUUCACAGGUCCUGCAGUGUGGACGGAUGCGGUGUUCAGCUAUUUCAACAACCCUGACUACUUCAAGAGUGAAACCGGAUCACCCAAGAAUGUCACAGCCGCUGACUUCACUGGAAUCACGACGCAUAAGAAAGUCGGCGACGUGGUCGUCCUACCCAUAACAAGCUUCAGCCCGGGCGUACGACAGAUGGGCGCUGGAGAGAUUGAUGACCCCCUUGCUUUUGUCAAGCAUGAGUUUGAAGGCACAUGGAAGCCCGAAUCUGAACGCCAUGCCAGCGGUGGUAGUAUUGAAUAA